AUGUUCGGCGCGUUUUACAAGACGUUCAUGUCGAAUUCGGCGGUGUACGUCGGGGUGAUCGUCGCGGGGGCGCUCGCGGGGGAGAAGGCGUUGAACUACGGAUUCGAUCGCGCGUGGGAGAGCUCGAAUAAGGGUAAACUCUGGAAGGAUGUGGAGAAGCGACUCGAGCUCGAAUAG